AUGGAAACAUCAUCACAAACUCUGCCUGAUCAGCAGCAGCCAGCAGGACAAAGCUUGAGCAGUAAUUAUCCGCAAGCCGUGCCAUUAUCUUCUUCUUCUUCUUCUUCUUCUUCUACAUCUGGUUCUGGUUCCAUUGGGCCAUUCUUUGCAGUGAUCUCUGUCCUAACGGUGCUUGCGUUUCUGUCGUGCGUUUUGGGGCGGAAGUUGAGUCGUGAUCAGACGGUACUGAGGCCAUUGGAGAGCAUCAACCAUGGCCAUAGGAUUAGCUGUGCAGGGUGGUUGAAGCGCAAGUGCAGGCAGCUGCAGUGCAUGGUUUCUCAUCAUGAUCUGGAAGUUGGACCAAAUCUAAAGGUGAUUGUGGAUCCUAAGGUUAAACAAGGUGAAGAGGUUCCUCCACCACAUCCACCACCACAGCCUUGA